AGACCAUAUUUCGGAAAAUAUAUAAUUUGAGAAAGAAAAUUCAACAAGCCCACACCGAUUUUUCCGAGGAUCAUCCGGAAUCGUUCCGUAUUCUCAUUAUGUGCUAUUCUCCUUCGCCGCGACGAAUCUAAGCACCGUUCGUGUCAAGACACAAAAUUGCGAGAAGUAUAAUAGAAUAAAUGCCUUGUCCGUUUUUGUGGAAAACGCAGAACGGGAAAAACAGGAGGAAGCAUUGCCAGAACCCGUGGUCAAACCGAAAGACAAAUUAGCCGCUCUCUCCAAAACGAAGUAGGCGAAAGAGAUACGUAUACGUUUAAGCAUGUGCGUGAUUACAUCUGACAUGAAUUGAUUUUCAGUCUCACUAAAAAAUCGCGCGAUCAAAGGAGGCUCAAAAUAACGGUUUCUAGUGAUCAUCUGUUCAAGGACAAGGAUGGAAAUAGGAGAUACGCGGAAGAAUAUACAUGCAUGGACGCUAAUGCGAAGUAAAAUUUUUACCUUCUUGUACCUUCGUAAACGAUACAACGCACGUGUUGGUUUACAUAUAUAUCCAAAAUUUUUUAAAUCUAUACAGAACACGUUUUACCAAGGUCGACGGCGAGAAACUGCCAGAAUUUUCGCGGGAUUUGAAAGCGCACGGCGAUCAAAGAAGCAAUCGUAAAUUGAACGGCAAUUGGAAGUCACAAGUUGAAGCUUCGAAUAAAGAUGAAACGAAAUCCUGUACCCUGGGAACUAGAGUAAAGCGCGAUAUUGUACGUUUCUCUGUUACUUAAAAGUUCAUUCGAUUGAAUCGAGAUCCGAAAUAUAUGACCGAUACCUCGUAGCCAAAAAAUAUGAUUUGCAAUCUCAAAAUAUCAGACCCAUACAGCACCGAAAGAUUGCGGAAACAUUGCAUAAACCUUACAGCGAAACGUUGUAAUAUUGCAUGAAAAUGUUUCUGCAAUGUGUUAUUGCAAGCUUAUGGCAACGUUGAAAUAUUUGCUCCUAGAAAUAUUACAACGUAAGAUUACAGUAAUGUUAGGGAGCAAUAUAAAACAAUAAUAUUAAUGUUAUUAAUAUAUGGGCUUUGUAUUGAGAUAUACACAUGAGAACACAAAUAUCUUUUUACACAAAGUUAACGCGUGUUUUUAUGUAUAUCCUGAGAUUUUUAUAAUAUUUCUACAACAUUACUGGAAUAUUUCAAUGAAUCAUUGAUACUGUAUGUUUCUGAAACGUCUCUGCAAUAUUAUAUUAUAUUAUUGCAACUUGCACGUUACUAAAAGCUUCAGUGCUAUAUGGGGAGUGACAUUUGAAACUGACACAGUGACAUCUAAUAGACCAAAAUAGAUGUCAGCUGUUAACGUCACUUCGCUACUUGUAAUUGCUAUAAAUGAUUCUUUUCUGAUUUAUUUUGAGUGUGCUACUUACAAAAUAGCUAAUGCUGAUUAAAUAACAAUAUUUUCCAAGACAGAUAGCGGAAAACAUAACGAAACAGGGGAAAAAAUUGAAUGUAAAUCCCGUAAAACGAAUUCCAGCAACGAGCAAUUUCGUCUAUGAAUUCAAUCCGUUCGUUAAUGCUAAUGAACAAUCACGUCAGUUAACAUCGCAAACUCAUUUGUGGCGUACGAAUAAUUCUGUGCAAACAUUACCUCAUUCUAAAACAAGUAUGGAAUUGAUUAGAAUCUAUUUACGUCUAUAAGUCUAUUUACAUUAUAUUAAUUAUUCCUCUCAAGUUUUCAGAUUGUAUUCUAGCGAAACAAAUUCUUCACAAAUUUAAGAAAUGCUACAAAAAUCUACAAAAAGUACUAAGUUUCAAACACUUUUAUUAAUUUUAGUAAUUACAUACUUCUAAGAAAAAAAAAAUAUUUUUACAAAAAAACUUAUAAUUUCUACUAAUUUCUAUUGCUAGUACAACUUUGUACUUGAUCAUAGAAAUUUUUUUUCGUCAAAAUAAGCUACUUAGAAAUGUGUAGUUUAUUGUAGUUUGAUAUAAUAUAACCAAGAAUUUCAUAGAAAUUACAGAUACGACGUAUUACAAAAAUACAAAAAUUUAGAAAAAAAUGUUUCAAUUCAAUAAUGUUUCAUGUAGAUUUUUGUAGCAUUUCUUAAAUUUGUAUAAAAUUUUACAGGUUUUUUCCGCACGUUUAAGACCUGCAUAAUUGACAGAAAUACAAGCGAAAACAUUUUAACAUUAAUAACCAAUAAAAAAGUAUCUGUUUCAAAAUCUCCUGUAUUUUUCGUUCGUGCUAACAUUCAUUAAUUAUACAUAGAUACUACGUCACUUGCCAAAUCUGCAGACUUUGUGAAACAGAAGACGUCCGCAGUCUUGCCGGAAUUGAACUCGCGUGUUGAUUUUGCGACAGUUGAUCCAGAUCCAGCGAAUUCUUUUCCAACGAAAAAUACUUGUCUACCGAUACUUGGCAAAGAGGAUCCGACGAGGACGCUGAACGAACAAAUUGACAAAGAGUGUAAAUUUAUAUGUCUUUACCGCGUAACUCUGUUAUUUAAAAAACUUCAAAAAUCUUUUUUUGAAAUUUUUAUUUAUCAUAUUGAAUUAUAAGUUCGAAAAUCGCAUUUCAAUCGUUUAUGCUUCAGACGAGGGAAGCGAUAUAGAUCGCGAGGUGCAGAGGGUCAAGUCUGCAUGGCAAGCGUUACGAGGGGAAAAAGAUUGGACGAAAGGUAAAGAUCGCAUCGACAAUGCCCGAACGAAAAAAUUGUACGAGAUGUUAGAGAAGAUGAUGUACGAGAUAGACAGAGUUCAGAAGAAUUAUAUGAAUUCCAAAGCGAAUCAUUACUUGCACAGAAGCGCGACUAAUGUCCUGAGAAACAGCAGCAAGCCGACUUUACAAGAGAAAGCAGAAAUUGUGAGAAGCGUCAUCUUUCCCGACAGAAAGGCAAAAGCCAAGUCGGCCCCCCGUCUGAAAAACGUCGACAGCGAAGUAACUGGUAAAGAUGCGGCGUGGAUACGAUUUGAAGCUGCGGAAAAUAUUCUGACGGACAAACGACCGCAUAAGAAUUUUCUCUCGUCGAAAAAGCGAUCUGUACACACUGAAGCGCACCAACGCGAUUUCGCCAAUGAUAUUGGAUCGGUCUACGCAACUGCGUCGAAUAUCAAUGAAAAAAGGCCAGAUACAGCUGUUACAGAUAUAAUGAAGCCAAAAUUUACAGACACUAGCAACAAGACAAAGGCGAGGAUCAAAUCUUCCAUUGAGGAAUAUCUGCAACGUUACUGCGGUAAUAUUCACGAGUCACGUAACAGUAUUCGGGAAAAAGAGGAAAAAUAUCCGUCAAGUCGCUUCCAAGAUGUAAAAGCAUCGGCAAGCGAUAUCGCGGAUAUCUUGGCGAGUCACAGUAUCGAGCCGCAUGUUUUGUACGAAAAUUUCGGAAAGCACAGCGACGGCUACGAUUCGGAAGAUUACGAUCAAGAUCGUUCUUGCUCAAAUAUCGCGAAUACUACUGUUACGCAAGUCAUAUCUGUUGAUACUAUUCGAGCAAACAAGAUAUAUGAUAAUACGACUUUCGAGAAUACGGCAUUAUGUAACGAUGCACGACCGACGGAAGUGAUUGAUACGAGAUCUUUUGAUAAUCUGAAACAGUCAAGCGUGACAAAUUGCCAAGAUAACACUUUUAUUAAAAUGGGAUUGAACAAAAAUUCGUUAUCGAGAGACAUGCUGUCGCAAAUAAUGCAGUCAGAAUACUUGAGAAAAGACUUAUCUUUAUAAUCCGUUGUGUAAUAUCCGCUGUAAGGCAGAAAUAUCAUUAAUAUACUUUUUUAUUAAUAUACUUUUUUAUUCUUAAUAUACUUUUUUAUUCUUAAUAUACUUUUUUAUUCUUAAAUAAUUCUAAAUCAUAUUAUAAUUAUUUUGAAAGUCUUUCAUGUUUUCUGAUUCUUAUAACACAUAGGCGAAUACAUUGACAAGAGUUGGUAAUAGCAACCAAAUGUUGAGUUAAAUAAUGCCAAUUAAAUAUUUAAUUAAUGUAACAAAAAACAAGUUUACUUUUCUGAAUA